UAAUGGUUCUCUCUCCUUCCUCUUCCUUCCUCUGUCGCCGUUGUUGUAGUUGUUGUUGUUGUUCUCGGAAGGCCUGAUUCUAGGGUUAGGGUUUCGAUCGUCCAUGGAUCUCUCACCCGCGGAAUCCGACCUCUCCCUUGGGCUCCACGCCCACGGCCGCGACCCCGCCCCCCUCCCCCUCCCCCUCCUCGACCACCACUCCGACUCCCACCGCGGCUCCACCCCCUCCGCCUCCGCCGCUGCCGACGCCUCCGUCGCCUCCGCAGACGCCGACGACUCCGACGACGCCCAGCCCGAGGAGUCCUUCAGCAUCCUCGGCUACACCAUGUGCCUCAAGCGCCAGCGCCGGGCCGAGUCCUCCUCCUGCUCCUCCGCCUCCUCCCUCCACCCCUCCAAGCGCCCCUCCGCCUCCGCCGCCGCCGCCCCCGCCGCCGCAGAGCCCGAUUUCGAGACGCGCAGGGCCGGCGUGCGCGCCUGGGGCAACAUCCCGCUCUCCGUCGCCGACCCCGACGUGUUCGAGGUCAUGGAGAAGGAGAAGCAGCGCCAGGUCCGCGGUAUCGAGCUCAUCGCCUCCGAAAAUUACGUGUGCCGCGCCGUUCUCGACGCCCUCGGGAGCCACCUCACCAACAAGUACUCCGAGGGCCUCCCCGGCGCCCGCUACUACGGCGGCAACCAAUUCAUCGAUAAGAUCGAGCGCCUCUGCUGCGACCGCGCCCUCGCCGCCUUCGGCCUCGAUCCUGCGAGCUGGGGCGUCAAUGUCCAGCCGUAUUCGUGCACUUCCGCCAACUUCGCCGUCUACACCGGUUUAUUACUACCGAAGGAUCGCAUAAUGGGGAUGGAUCCGCCAUCCGGUGGUCAUGUGAGCCAUGGUUACUACACGCCUAGCGGGAAGAAGAUAUCGGGGGCGUCGAUAUUCUUUGAGAGCUUGUCGUAUAAGGUAAACCCGCAAACUGGUUAUAUUGAUUACGAUAAGCUUGAGGAGAGGGCCAUGGAUUUCCACCCAAAGAUACUAAUUUGCGGGGGCAGCUCAUACCCUAGAGAGUGGGAUUAUGCGCGGUUUAGGCAGAUCGCCGAUAAGUGUGGGGCGGUGUUGAUGUGCGACAUGGCUCACAUCAGUGGGAUUGUGGCAGCAAAGGAGUGCCGUAGCCCCUUCGAAUAUUGUGAUGUUGUUACUUCAACUACUCACAAGAGCCUGCGUGGUCCUAGGGGCGGUAUAAUAUUUUUUAGAAAGGGAAAAAUUCUAAACAAGCGAGGAAAGUCUCUGUGUCAGGCAGAUGAAAGCAAUCAAUAUGACUUCGAGGACAGGAUUAAUUUUGCUGUUUUCCCUUCCAUGCAAGGAGGACCGCACAAUAAUCAUAUUGCUGCUUUGGCAAUAGCUUUAAAGCAGGUGGCGACACCAGAAUACAAAGCAUACAUUCAACAGGUCAAGAAAAAUGCUCAAGCUUUGGCAUCUGCUUUGCUGAGAAGAAAAUGCAGAUUAGUCACCGGGGGUACAGAUAACCACUUGUUACUUUGGGACCUGAGAACCUUUGGAUUGACAGGGAAAAACUUUGAAAAGGUCUGCGAGGCAUGUCACAUGUCCCUGAACAAAACACCAAUAUAUGGCGACAAUGGCUCAAUCUCUCCUGGAGGAGUGAGAAUUGGCACUCCUGCUAUGACCACUAGAGGUUGUUUAGAGGGAGACUUUGAUACAAUCGCGGAGUUCCUUGUUAGGGCCGCGCAGAUUGCCAGCACCGUUCUUAAAGAGCACGGGAAAUUGCAGAAGGAAUUUCUUAAGGGACUCCAGAACAACAGGGACAUUAUCGAGCUCUGUAAUCAAGUCGAGGCAUUUGCCUCACAGUUUGCCAUGCCAGGGUUCGACAUAUAAAAUGUUCGAAGAUGUUUUUGGAAGUCGCAAGUAAUUUAAUUCGCAAUUCAUGUUGAUAGCAUGUUAAUUGCCGAACGCGGUCAUUUCGCUCGUAAUAGAAAAAAAAAUGACUGCGCUUUUGACAUCGAAAUUGGAAAUCAUUGUGCUGUGAUGUAUAGCCUUCCAUGUUGCUGCAUGAGUUCAGAUCUUGAUGCAUUUAGCCUAUAUCCAAGUUACUUCUUAAUUGAAUCUCCGCAAUGUAUGCGGUGUUAUCGGAUAUUUUGCUAUGCUCUCUAUUCGACAACAAAUUUGUCUAUCGUCCGAGUUCACGAAGCCAUUCAUUUUUGGUUGGUAUACUUCUUUCAGCCUGUUGGCGCAUGCUACACCCAAUUUGUGAUGCAGGCAGGUAUUAGAUGAUUUUUUUUUUUUUUCAUUUUUCAUCUUUAAACAAUUGCUGCGACGUGUAUCAUGUAUUUCAGUGUUUAAUGCGUGUUUUGCCGCAACGCAAAGCUUAAAGGAGGUUCUAAAGUUACAAUAAUUGUUUGAUA